AUGGGUUUCCUGACAAGCGCCGCCCUCGUCUCGUCGUCCUUCCUCCUCGGCACGCUCUUCACGAGCCUGCUGUGGGACUCGACGGUGCUCUAUGGCCUCACCGCACCUAUCUCUGAGGAGACGAUCGAGGCGGUCGAGAACUACUACUUGACCUGGUGGAACGGCGGGAUGGCCGUCAAGUCGUUCAUGCACAUCGUCAUGGUCGUCUUGUUCCUCUCGCUCAUCGCCAAGUGGGCUCGCAAGGGCAGCGAGACGGCUUACUACUUCUCCGGCGCGUCAAUCGUCGCUCUCGUCGUCUGCGCUGCUCUCUACAUCACUGUUACGCUCCCUUCGAUCCGCCACAUCGCCAAGGACCCGUUCAACAAGUCGGCCCUCAUCCUCCCCGGCGAAGACUUCUUCACCCGCAUGCAGCAAUGGCUCGCCGACCGCAACUCUGGCACGCUCGGCAACCGCGCGAGGGAGAACAUGAAGCUCCUCGCCAAUAUUGAGCCGAUGGACUGGAUGCAGAGGGUCCAGCAUGUCCAGGUCAUGUCCGCCGCGAACACGAUCAUUGCGGUCCUUCUCGUUGGUGUCGUUGUUCUUCAGGUUUCGGAGUGGUAUGUCGAGGACACGAUCGUGCGCGAGGCAGAGGAGGAGGCACGCAAGCAGCAGGCCGCCGCUCCCGUCACGGUCGAGAAGAAGAAGCAGUAG